CUGACUAAUAGUACUUGAAUAUCAAGGGGUUAGAAACAUCACUAUUCUUGCACUAAUUCUCUUCUUUCCCUAGCUAUAAAUAUGCUUCUUCUUGAGCUGCAAAGCAACCAAACACACAGUUGUAUGAUUUCGAAGUCCUAGUUAACCAACAUUUUAGUUAAGCUAAAGCCUUUUCAACCACAAUAUUGCAUGGGGCCUUGUUCACAUCUGAUUUUAGCUCCACCAUCAUCAUCUUUUUCCAUGCACACGUUAAUCCUUCUCUGCUGCUUUGGCUUUUUUUUCACCUCUGUGCUUGGUAAGAAUAAUGAGACAGACCGGUUGGCAUUGCUCGACUUCAAAGCCAAGAUUAGUAAAGAUCCUCUCGGGGUGAUGAGCUCUUGGAAUGAUAGCAUCCACUUCUGCCAAUGGAAAGGUGUUUCUUGUGGUCGCCGACAUCAAAGGGUCACUGCGUUGGACCUGCACUCUCAAAAACUGGUAGGCUCUAUAUCCCCGAAUGUUGGAAAUUUAAGUUUUUUGUGGAAGCUAAACCUUGAAAACAAUAGCUUUUAUAAUGAAAUUCCUCUAGAAAUUGGCCGUUUGCACAGACUAGAAGUCUUGCAAUUGAACAAUAACAUAAUAGGUGGAACAAUUCCUAGCAAUUUAUCCAGUUGUGCCAAACUCAGAGUGUUUCAUGCGGCUGUUAAUAAUCUGGUUGGAGAAAUCCCCACAGAGCUUGGUACCUUGUCAAAGCUCCAAAUCUUUGCUAUUCAUAAAAAUGUUUUGAUGGGAAUUAUCCCACCUUCUUUUGGAAACUUAUCAUCUCUAGAAGGUUUUUCUGUAGCUUAUAAUAACCUGGGUGGGAGUAUCCCUGGUUCUUUUGGCCUAUUGACCAAACUUAAAAUCUUCGCUGUGGGUUCAAAUAGGUUGUCUGGUACAAUUCCUCCCUUAUUCUUCAAUAUCUCUUCAAUAACAAAGAUUGAUGUAGCAGUUAACCAAAUCCAAGGGCAUCUUCCCUCGGACAUAGGUAUCACUCUACCAAAUUUAGAAACAUUUACCAUCAGUAACAACCAGUUUUUUGGAUCUAUCCCUCUUUCAAUAUCUAGUGCCUCGAAUUUGCAUAUACUAAAUUUGGCUGAGAAUAAACUAACUGGAAAAGUUCCUUCUUUAGAGAAGCUAAAUAGAGUGAGGUUGAUUUCCAUUGCUGAAAACCAGCUUGGAAAUGGAGGAGCAAAUGACUUGAGUUUUCUCUGUUCUUUGUCAAAUGCUACCAACCUAAGAGAUUUGGAGAUAAAUACCAACAACUUUGGGGGGGAGUUGCCUACAUGUAUUGGCAACAUCUCAACUAGUCUUACAUUUUUCUAUUUGAAUAAUAAUAAAAUAUCUGGAAAUAUUCCUAGUGUUAUAGGGAAUCUGAUCAACCUGGAGGAUAUAGAAAUGUGGAACAAUAAAUUUUCAGGUAACAUCCCCUCUAUACUUGGAAACCUUCAGAAAUUACAAUUUUUGGAUUUAUCUCAAAACAAUUUCAUUGGGAGCAUUCCAUCCUCUCUUGGAAAUUUAACAAAUUUGUUGGAGUUGUAUUUAGGAGACAAUAAUCUUCAGGGAGGCAUCCCUUCAAGUUUCUCAUUUUCACUAAAUAACCUUGACUUGUCUGGCAACCAAUUCACUGGUGUCCUUCCCAUGGAAAUAGGAAAUUUGAAAAAUUUAGAACAUUUGGAUAUUUCUGAAAAUAUGUUGUUUGGUAAAAUACCGACAAGUCUUGCAAGUUGUGUAAAGCUAGAAUCUCUAGCCAUGGGAAGAAACUUUUUCCAAGGGGUUGUUCCUUCAUCUUGGGAAUCAUUAAGAGGUCUUGAACAUUUAGACCUUUCUAACAAUAAUUUUUCUGGCAUGAUUCCAAAAUUUUUGGAGAGUUUUGAUUUCUUAAAAUUGUUGAAUCUCUCGUACAACCAUUUUGAGGGUGAGGUACCAACAAAUGGAGUUUUCAAGAAUGCAAGUGCAACUUCGAUUAAGGGAAAUGGUAAGCUUUGUGGGGGCACACCAAAGUUUCAACUUCCUAAUUGCAACAACAAAAAAUCCAUGAAGAGAAUGUUGACUCUUACAUUGAUGUUAAUACUUUUCGGGCUUAUUGGAGCAAAUUUGGUCCUAUCAUUUCGAUUUCUUUGUUCUUUAAGAAAAAAAAGGAAAGAAAAUACCUCAAGUGAUUCUAUAAAUUUGCUUAUGAAUGUGUCUUACCAAAGUCUCUUUAAUGCUACUGAUGGGUUCUCUUCUGCUAAUUUAAUUGGUGUGGGUAGUUUCGGGUCAGUUUACAAAGGUAUACUUGAUCAGUAUAAACAUACUGUUGCUAUCAAGGUGCUGAACUUAGGGUGCCAUGGAGCUUCCAAAAGUUUCAAAGCUGAGUGUGAGGCUCUAAGAAACAUUAGACACCGAAAUCUUGUAAAGGUGCUCACAGUAUGUUCAGGUUUUGACUAUCAAGGUCAUGAUUUUAAGGCAUUGGCAUACAAGUUCAUGGGAAAUGGCAAUCUUGAUGAGUGGUUACAUCCAACUCCAAGAAAAAUUAAUGAGGUACUUGAGAAACAAAGGAAGUUAAGUCUUCUUCAAAGAUUGAAUAUUGCCAUUGAUGUUGCUAGUGCAUUGGAUUAUCUUCAUCAUCAUUGUGAAACACCAAUUGUUCAUUGUGACCUCAAGCCUAGCAAUGUUCUUCUUGAUGAUGAAAUGAUUGGACAUGUAAGUGACUUUGGGUUGGCAAGAAUCCUUCAUGAUAUCGUCCACGAUUCUUCUACUAAUCAAUCAAGCUCCAUUGGGGUUAAAGGAACGAUUGGUUAUACUCCUCCAGAGUAUGGUAUGGGAAACAAGGUGUCAAUAUACGGUGAUGUUUAUAGUUAUGGCAUAUUAUUAUUAGAGAUGUUUACAGGAAAAAAGCCUAUCGAUAACAGUUUCCACGAUAGCUUAAAUCUUCAUGACUUUGUCAAAGCAAAUUUGCCAGAACGAAUAUUUGAUAUUAUAGAUCCUAUUCUUCUCCCAAAAAGACAAGAGGGAGGGAGAAGGAUGAAUGACACUUGCAAUGAGUAUCAAAAUGGGUGUCUAAAAAUUCAAGAAUGCUUGAUUUUGAUACUUGGAAUUGGAAUUGCUUGCUCCAAAGAAUAUCCAAGAGAAAGGAUGAACAUCAGUGCUGUUGUAGUCGACUUGCAUUCAAUUCGGCAAAACCUUCUUAGAACCUGUAUACGACAGGUGCACAAUACCGAUGAUUAAUUAUGAGGGCCAACACCUGCCGUUUAUUCUUAAAAAAAGAUUAUGGAGGCCAACGCUGCCUGAGAAUUCAGGCACAUUUGGUGCCUAUUGGCGCAUUUGGAGGUAACUUGGGAAAAUAUACACUUUGUUCGUUCGUUUGGGUAAGCUAACUUGAGUUUGGCACCAUCUUCAAUUGUAUUUGUCGCUUUUUGGUAUAUUUGGAGGUAGAUUGGGCUAAUAUGCAUUUGGCUUUUUGUUUUUUACUUUUUUGGUUGUGCUGUAAUUUUUAUCUAACACUUGAGGCUUGAGAGAAGUCUC